AUGCAAAUUUUAUCGCUCUGUACCGUCACCGUUGUUCAGAAGCUGUCGAUUCAGUUAACAUCAUAUUUUUGGCUACUUAUUUUUUCUUUAGAUCCGGUGAAGUCAACGUUAAAGAAUCCAAAUAUUCCAAUCUUUGUAUCAAUUAUCAGCGAAACCUAUGGAAAUAACGGAACAGUUCCAUUCGGUAAUGGCAACGGUUCACCGAAUAUCGUAAUAUGUUCACCGUGUGUGAGUGUUGAUGCCGGUGUCUAA